UCCCUAGAUUCCAGCUUUCCUGCUCUAGAAAUUAUUGCUUGGGUUCUCAAUUGAUUGCAGGGGAAAAAAUCAAGAAAUAAAGCUAAAAAGAAAUUAGGUCUCAACUCCACCGCUACCAAUCUCUGUUGUUGCUUUCCCCAUUUGACUCCCUUCCAAUUCCCAUAAAACAUUCUUUUCUAUCAACCCUUUCCGUCUAUGUCCUCUGCCAACCCAUGUUCCCUUUGAUUCCUUUCAAAGCCUUCAUCUUUCCUUCUCUUCGCUCUGUUUCUCGGUCUGGUAUCGAGGAGGGACUCGGGAUCUCAACGGUCUCUUUCUACUCUUCUCUCUUCUUCCCUUUGAUUUCUUUCACACUUCCUUUUUCUGUCUGCCAUGGGGUUCUCUUUGGAGCUCUUUCUAGGUUCCUAAAGGGAGUUCAGAAGGUUGAGUGAAGGACUUUUAAAGUGCUCUGAGAGUUGAAGCAGCUCUGUGUUCAGUUCCAAGGUGAUCCUUUUCUUUUGUUUCCUUGCUUUUUUUUGGGCGGAAACAAUUGGAGGAGGUGACGGUAGAAGAGAGGAAGGGGAGCAUGGGGAGAGAAGGUGCGGCCAAGGACCAGUUUCCGGUCGGCAUGCGGGUUCUGGCCGUAGACGAUGAUCCGACCUGCCUCAAGUUGUUGGAGAUUCUGCUGCGCCGCUGCCAGUAUCAAGUUACGACGACUAAUCAGGCGAUCACGGCUCUGAAGAUGCUGAGGGAGAACAGAGACAGGUUUGAUCUGGUCAUCAGCGACGUCCAUAUGCCCGACAUGGAUGGUUUCAAGUUGCUGGAGCUUGUGGGCCUCGAAAUGGACCUCCCGGUCAUCAUGCUAUCAGCGAAUGGCGAGACCAAAACCGUGAUGAAGGGGAUAACACAUGGUGCCUGCGACUAUCUACUGAAACCCGUUCGGAUCGAAGAACUUAAGAAUGUAUGGCAGCAUGUAGUUAGGAGGAGGAAAUUUGACCACAGAGAUCACAAUAAUUAUGAUAAUGUGGGUGAUUCUGAGAAACCUCAGCAUGCAAAUUCUGAAGGUGGGCAGGAUCAUAUUCCUAGUGAAUCAUCUGAUCAUGGUGGGAAACUUAACAGAAAGAGGAAGGACCAGAAUGAGGAUGAGGAUGAUGAUGGUCAGGAAAACAUGCAUGAGAAUGCAGAUUCAUCCGCUCAGAAAAAGCCGAGGGUUGUUUGGUCUGUUGAUCUGCACCGUAAAUUUGUAGCUGCCGUCAAUCAGUUGGGAAUCGACAAGGCUGUGCCUAAGAGGAUACUUGAUCUUAUGAAUGUUGAAAAGCUCACAAGGGAAAAUGUUGCAAGCCACCUACAGAAGUAUAGGCUUUACCUUAAAAGACUUAGUGCUGUGGCAAGCCAACAAGCUAAAAUGGUUGCUGCUUUUGGGGGUAGAGACCACUCCUAUUUACCUAUGGGUUCAUUGGAUGGAUAUGGAAGUUUUCAUACAUUGUCUGCUUCUGGUCAGCUACCAGCCCUUUCAUCUUUCCAAACAAAUGGAGGGCUUAGUGGAACAAACCCAGCGGGAUAUGGACUGCGUGGGUUUACUGCCUCUAGAAUAGUUCAACCUGGACGCGUCCAUGGCAACACAAGCAAUCCUAUCAAUGAUCUUGGUAAGCUUCAGCGCAUUGAUCUACCAGGAAGCCAACAUGGGAAUUUGCUCCAGGGGAUGCCCACGGCAUUGGAGCUAGACCAAUUGCAACAACACAAGACGAUGCAGGACGCAGAUAUACAUUUGCCUGGUGGUUUCUCUGGUGCUGGACUGUCUACUGGUAGCUCCAGCAACAUUUCUGUCAGUGUAACAAACAAUCCUUUCUUAUCACAAGCACAUCAGCAGCAUAUGCAGUCAAUGGUGUUAGGCAAUCACUCUUCUGUAGGAAUGUCUGUGAACUCGGACCCCUUCCAAGUGAGUGUUGGUGGUUCUUCCCAUGUGCCUAACCUUGGUAGAUGCAAUGAGACCUGGCAGGGUGAUGUUCCAUUAACUGGGCAUACAUCCAACUCUUUGUCUACGAGUGCCCCUUUUCAUCAUGAUGACUUAGCUAAUAUGGGAGCCAAUGUUCCAGUAGGCUCGCACAUAGUCAACAAUCCUCUGAACGUUUCUUGCAGCAACGUAGUAGCAGCACCUCCGCAUGAUCCUGUGACUGGAGGAGAUGUACAGUGCCAAGCCAGGUCUUUUGGUGCGAAUAUGAUGAUAAUGCCUUCAGCUUUAGAUGGAGACUCAAAAUUCUUGAACUUCGGAAAUGCAGGCGUUUCUAAACAGAAAUUGGAGGAGCCAAAUCAAGAUCAUAUUCGUGAACCUAAUCUUGUACUUAAUUCUUACUUAAAUUCUCCGUCAUCAGGUAAUCUUAUAAUUGGUCCUAUUGCUGAGAGUCAGAGACUGAACAAUGGCCAUUUUAACAAAAAAAUGGACUUACAUGGGGUUGGCCAAACAAAUUUUAUUGUUCCAGAUCCGACACAGAAUUGCAAGAUUGAUAAUCCAACCACCAAUAUCCAGUUGACCCACAAGGAGGAGUCUAUUUUGGAAACUUCAAAAUCACAGGGUGGAUUUUAUUCUAAUGGUUGCAGCUUUGACGAUCUAGUCAAUUCCAUGAUAAAACCGGAGAGGGAUGACAUUGCAUUCAUGGAUAAUGACAUAGGAUGCGACUUCUAUUCUCUAGGUGCCUGCAUGUGAAGCCCUUUAUAGGUUGGUUGGUGCUGCUUUCUGGUGGAGGAGUUUGCUACAUUAUGUUGCUAGUCUCUGUGGCACAAGAUUCCAGCUGCCAUUGCUGCUACUAUUCUCUCUAGAAUGAUUUAUUGUUGUGUAGACUAGAAUUGUUAGAUAGCAGGUGGUCUUGCAUCUGGAAUUUUGUGAUGCACAACCAUGGAUUUUGAUUUGCUGGUUUCCAUAAAUUAUGAUGCUAGUGAUUUGGGAUGCAUUGUGCUCUUAGAACCAAUUUCUAGUCUCCGUAAUUUCCAUGGCUGAAUUAGGUAAUCUUGCAAUGCUUUGGGGAGUGCAAUCUCCAUUACUGCAUGUUGCUGAAUAUUCCAUAAGAUCAGAGCGCACAACUUGACUUUCAUAAAUCUGAUCUCUCAUCAUUCAGGUUCCAAUUUACAGGUAUCAUAGUGGUGGCAGACAGGUUUGUGGCAAUGAGAGGUCUGCCUGGCUGUGUGGCUUUCAUCUCAAUGCAAAGAUGAGAUAUUAGAGCACGAGCUGCGGCGACCCUCUGAUACUCAUUAGAAUUUAAGCUGUAGGGAAAAGCAGUUUGAUGAUGGUGUUAAAGCUACAAGAAAAGUACAUAAUAGCAUGUAAGUUAAGCCCAAUGGUGACAUCAUAUGACAAUCUCGAUGCUUGUGUUUGACAUUUUUGAUGUUCAUUUGCUAUAAUGUAUUACUUUUCCAAUUUUAAACCUUUAUAUCUUAUAGAAAUUAAUCUGCAAAAGAAACUAUUGUAUUUGGCUGAGCAAUGAAAUGAUUCAGUGCUGUUAUUUC